GAAUCUCGACAAAUCCACCAAUCGCCUCCCGGCAAUGUUCCGUGUUGAGCACGGUCAGUGCGUCGUCCUCACUGUCGUCAGUCGUCAGUAGUCAGUAGCAGUCAGUAGACUCGGUAGUGCUUCAGGUCUUCGGGGAUAACGUGAUACGUGUGGUGUGUUUGACGCUCGCGCGAAGCUUGCGUAUCGGCUCUACAGGUUGUAAUGUGUCAGAUAAUGCGCGGCAUCGUUGCAAAUCCAAUGAUGUUACCGAUGCUGGAGGAAAAUUCUCUGUUUCCGUUCAAUCCCAGCCUGGACGAUGAGAUUCAGCGGCUGUUCGAUGUCCCCGUCAGGAAGCAGCUGCCGACAGUUGAUGAGGUAAUGGAAGAGUUUCGUCUUAAUGGUCGCGAUUUCGAAUAUUGCCCAGACGUGGACACGGACACAUCAAAGCAAACUGCGUCACGGCGAAAGAAAAACAAGAAACCUUUGCCGACGGAAUGCGUGUUCUGCAGGAAUAAUGGGGAAGAGGAAUCGUUCUAUCGGGAACACUUGUUAAAAGACGUCGACGGACGUAUUCUGUGUCCUGUCCUCAGAGCUUAUACGUGUCCGAUCUGUGGCGUAUCCGGAGACUUGGCACACACUGUUAAGUAUUGUCCAAGGGGCCCGUACAAUCCUAAUACCAUAAGCACAGCAAACGCCUUUAAAUCCAUGAGAAACUCUACGGGCAAACGUCGCAGCAAGAAGGACUGCUCAAGAGGCAAGCAAUCUAUCGAGCGCAUCCGAUUUCUGCUGACAGAGGGUGUUCCCACAUCUGCAAGUGCCAAUGAAACAACGAUUUUUGUUUGCGAAAACGAAAGAAUGUAAAGAAAAAAAUUUUUUUCAAGUAGAAAGUAAGAGAGACCAAUGCUGACAAAUAUAUUACUAAAACGUCUAGGUUAAGACUCUCAAGAUUACUCUGUCUCUUUAAAAGAUCGUUACCAUUUCGAAAUCAAAGCAAAUUAAGAAUAAGAGAGACUAAUUCUGACAAAUAUAUUACUAAAAUGUCUAGGUUAAGACUCUCAAGAUUACUCUCUUUUUAAAAGAUCGUUGUGGUUUCGAAAUCAAAGCAAAUUAAGAAAUGUGAUUUUUUUUUCUUAUUUCCGUACAAUGAGUAAACUUUCUACACAAAGUCAAACUGUAUUGUUAUUGCUGCAUUGCAAUACAAUCUCUAUUCCUUGAUAAUUCACUUAUUGUGAAUUAUUUUAGUUACGUAUUAUGUCCAAAACAAGCAAGUUUUCUCAAGAUAUAUAUUUGAUCUUGAUUAUGAAAGGCCCAGUAUUUAUUAGACGAUUAUGAGAAAAGCGAUGUACUUUGAGAUGGACACUUUUGUAAUUAUUUUAAAUAAUGAGACUGCAUUCCGUAGAUUUUUAAUCUAAGUUAUAAGUUUGAAUGGUCCAUGAAAAAAUGGGGUAUAACCAUAUUUGGUCCAUAAAAAAUGGAUUUGACUAAUUAUAAAUGACCAAAUAUUUAAAAUGGAUGUGCCCAAUUAUGGAUAUAUCUCAUUUUUACAUUUAAAAUGGACUUCACAAAUCAUAAUUCAAAAUACUUGAAUUAUCGAGGAAUAGAGAUUGCAUUGUUUCGUGCAACGCAACAGUAAUAAUACAGUUUGACAUCAGAGACGUAUUCGAACAAAAAUCAUGCAGAAAGUUUACUCGUUGUACGCAACGUUUAAGUAUUGUAUUUAUCAGCAUUAGCCUCUUUUCUAUUAAAAAAAAAAUUUAUUUCUUCGUGGCAUAAGAUUAACAUCGAAUCAUCAUGACACGCACAUCUUUAUUUUAAUUUGUUUAUUUUAAUUUUUUUAUUGAUUUUUUAUUACGACGUUCGCUGGAACGUUGUGACAAUUAUGUGAUUACGUCAUGAUUGGACCUUACUUACUAUUGUUAUUGAAAUUAAUUUUCAAUAUGUAUACAUAUAUAUCUAAUUUUUCGCGAAACUAUGUUCGCGCCCUCUGAGACGCAAACAUAGUAGAAAAGAUUAUUAUUUUGAAUAUAUCUAAUAUAAGAGAAAUAUAUUACAGAAAUAAAGUAUUCUAUUUUUCUUAUAUUAGAUAUAUUUAAAAUAAUUAUCUUUUCUACUGUCUUCAUCGUUAACGAAUAUUCUAUUUGUUGACGGUGAAGACAGUAGAAAAGAUGUUUAUUUUUUAGCUUGCAGUAUAUUUUUUGUUUUUGAAAGAGAAUAUGAGAAUUAAACUUCAUGAAGCGUCCUCAACAAAUGACUUUUUUUUAUUAUUUCAAAAAGUUUAUCAAAUUGUGCGAAUGUGAGGAUAAUUUCGUGACAAAAGGUAUGCAAGUUUUUUUCUCCUUUGUAAAACUCUAUCACUCAUUAAAUAAGUUUGAAGUGCUCUACGUGUUACGAGUUAUAUAGUAUAGAAAUUUCAGAGAAAUUUGAGAACUUCUAUUUUUUCGUUAUCUGUGCAAUAUAAAAUGUUCAGAUAUAAAUGUAAGACAUAUAGUACAAGUUAGCGUUAUACAUAUUGUACAAUUUUACAUCUCGAUAAUCAGAUAAAAACAACCAAUGUUCUAAUAACUUUCGCAAAUUUUUUUACGUCGUUUGCGACAUUUAAUAGAUUAAAUCACGAGUAGUUUAUAUUAUAUCUUUAAAACAUUUAAAUUUCCAAAGAAAUUAAAAGUUCAUUUUUUGUUUACGAUUUUAAUAAUAAUCUAAGCAAUAAUUUCAUCUCCGUAAUUUGUAUAUGUAAUCUUCAAGAAUCUAUAAACGAUUUCUCUGAUAGAAAGACAUGACCUCUUUACAUGACUCUCUAUUGUAUCAGACGAAAUAGAAACAGAAUGAUAACACAUAUUCAAAUAUUAUAAAAGAUAGUGUGAUGAAUAUUUCAGUUUUAUAUUGCCAUUUUGGCGGGUGUUGUUAAGUAGUAUGUAAAAAUAUCACAAAGUGUUCCUAUUAGAAGUUAAGAUAUAAUAGCGUCUUAUAUAAUAGUGUGCCAAAUGUUAUGUUUCAAAGAAUGUUGGAGCUUAUUAUUCUUCUAACUUGUAUUACGAUUUACUAUUUAAUUGUGCGAAUGAGUGCACUUUCGUGAGAUGCUCGUACUUUAAUGGCAUACGUGGCCGAAGUUCAAAAUUACGCAGUUGUUACACUGCCAUCAUAAUACACUAGACUGAUUCAUAGUGAGAUAACGUUAUGGUAAUUUGAGACUGUGCAGUAGCGAUUAAGAGUAGCCAGCAGGUGAUGACAGUUUUCACGUUAGAACACGUAAGAAUUAGAUUAGUGGACUAAAUAUUUAAAACAUUUCAAUUCCUAAAAGAAAUUAAGAUACUAUGAAAUAGUCACAGUGGAAUUGGACUGGACAAUUCUGGGGUCCUUUAAAUUCUUAAAAAUUGAUAUAUAUCUCGAGAUAUUUAUAUCUCUGUAUUACAAGUCUGUUUUUUUUUUAGCUGAAUUGGCUGCACUAGUUCAGAGUUUAUCUUUCUUUUAACGUGAAAGGGAGAAGAUAAACUGUGAACUAGUGCAGUUAGUUCAGCUAAAAAGAAUAAGCCUUAUAUUACACAAUAGAGAGGCAUCAGAGGUCUUUUUCUAUAUCGGAGAAAUUAUUUACUUAAAAACUAUUGCUUAGAUUAUUAUUGAUUAAAACUCGUGAACAGUAAAUAAAUUUUUAAUUUCUUUCAACGAGAAUUGAAAUGUUACGUGUAAAACCGUUAUUACUGUAUUCAGAACGUGCUUAUAAAGAUGUUGGAAUGACGAAAAAAUGCGCUAACAUUUUUAUAAGAACGUUCUAAGUACGAUCCUUUAUAAGACAUAGACAGGAAUUUGAGAGAAAUGAGCAAAUUUCAAUUCAAAGAGAUAAUUUAGCGUGUCCAGUUGCACGUUUUACAGAAUUGUAUAAAUAUUUAUUUUCAAUCGCAAUUAUUACCUCCGAUAUCGAUCGCCCCAUUACGCGUUUCUGUCUGAGAGUGUUGAAAUCCACCGAUUAAAUUUUAUGUAAAAAAAAAACCCCCAAGAAAUCUUUAUUGUACCUAUCCAAAAGCGUGCUCGCACGAGGAACCUUUUGGAUUUUUAUUACUUUUUUUAUUCCACCUUCCUCGCCGUGCCGUAUUAAAUCUCCGCCUAUUAGGAAUUAAAUCUUCGCCUAUUAGGAAUUAAAUCUUGUACAUUCUGGACACGCUUUUUCUUUUUUUUUGUAACGUCCGUAUUUUAAGAUUAUAUUGCGCAUAUUGUCAUAAUAAUGAUCUCGCCAAAUAUUUGUACCAAUGAUUAUUAUUAUCAUUAUUAGUUUCGCACAUAUUAAUAUAUUAUUCAAACCCAAUUGUACAAAAAUUGUAUUAUGCUUAAUAAUGAUUCCUAGAGAAUUAUAUGCAUUUGAAUGAAAA